GUUACUGUUGUCUAGUUGUUGAUUGUGUAUCGGAGGAUUGUUUGGAGGAUCGAGCCUGCGUACCAAAAAAAUAUAAUCAAAGCUACGUUCGAUUAUAGUAGCAAUCUGUUCGUCGCAGUGAAGGAAUCUUGAAUAGCCUUGUUUUGUUCGUUUUUGAAACUUCGAUCAAACAAAAUGAUCGAGAAUCAACCAGAAGUGAUCGACACUGUCGAGCAAUACAACCAGGGUAACGAUCGAAAGCGAGAAAAAGAUCAGAAGAAUUUAGCGAUGCAAACACAAAACAAGAAUAGCAUUGAGCAAUCCGAGGAAUCUUCCCAAAAGAGUGACCAGAAUGACACAGAACAAUCCAGAGAGUCUGCCCAAACGAGUGAUCAAAAUUACACUGAGGAACAAUCUGAGGAAUUUGCGAAGAGACAUGAUCAGGAGCUCACAUACCAGGACAGAAAACUAUUCGUUGGUGGCAUCAACCAGGAAACGACCGAGAAAGAGCUGAAGGAUCAUUUCGAGCAGUAUGGUGAAAUUGAGGACAUAAGUCUGCUGAACGAUCGCCUCACCAGGCGUUCGCGUGGCUUCGCUUUUAUCGUGUUCAAGGAAGUUGCCCAUUCAGAUGCAGCGAUUGCAGCUGGCGUUCAUACCAUCAACGGCAAGAUAGUCGACAUGAAGAAGGCCAAAGCUCGGCUGUGGAAGAUUUUCGUAGGAGGACUACCUCCCGAGGUUAGCAGCGACGACAUAAGAAUAUACUUCGCGCAGUUUGGAAAUGUUGUAGACGUUGUAAUACCGUAUGAUGUGGAGAGAAAACAACACAAUAACUUUUGCUUCGUUGAGUACGAUUCGGAAUUGGGAACGAACGAGGCACUAAAGGAACCCAAGCGCACUAUUAGAGGGAAAGAAGUGAAUGUGAGAAGGGUAACAAAAAAUCCCAAAAAUCCUCGAGUAGGUGGACGGGGCGACUUACGUAGAAAAUGGCAGCGAGAUGGCCGUAGAGGAGGGUAUAAAUACGGACAAAGAAGCUAUGAACAGGCGUGGGGUAGACAACAAGCCGACUAUGACGACUAUAGCUCCUCGAGUGGUUUUGGAUACGGAGGAUACGAACAGGCAGGUCAUGUAAGGUAUGAUCAAGGUGAAUAUGGCUAUGGUGGGUAUGAUGAAGGAUAUGAAUAUGGUCAAUAUGGAAAUGGUGAAUAUGAUUACGGCCAAUAUGGAUAUGAUCAGGCUCAAGGAUAUGGGUACGGAUAUUCGAACUAUUCCGAUUGUGGAUUCCAUGGCAGUAAACAACGUGGUGGACGUGGAGGUCAACGCCAAACAAACAGAAAUACGCCGUACUAAUUCACACGGUUAUUAAUCAUUCAAUAUUUUUUAGGGAAUGAUGGUCAAGCUCGUCUUAUAUUACGAGAAAUUCAAUUGAAUGCAAGUAGCUUUAAAAAGGAGCUUACAAAUAAAUUACGACGUUUUCAUAACAAAAUAUAAA